AUGGCAGAAGCAGCAGUACAGUUACUAUAUGCAUUAAACAAGAGAUGAUACUGAGUGCGGUGUGAACGAAGCCUUACAGAUGCAAGAGAUUGGGAUUGUGCAAACAGUCAAAACCUCCCUGUCAGACCAAAUGCAGCGGCAGAGCACAGGACAGCAGGGGUUUUGGUGUCGAGGAGGUGGGGUCUGUCCCAUGUGCCGACGACUGUCUGAUGGAGAGAAGAGGGGCACUGCACAGCGAGUAUGAAAGGACACAGAGUGCUACGCUGAAAUAGAGAAAGAGAGAGAGAGAGAGACAGACUGCAGGCAUGCAGCGACACAGAGAGCACCAUGUAUGUUUAAAGAGGCUGCAGCAGAGUGGGCUACUGAUGAGGUUGUGUGUGAAGCAUGAUAUCCAAAAAAGUACCUGAGGGUAGAGAUCCAUCAAACAUGUGAUUGGACAAUACCCCUCAAAACCUACGUCAUGUGACUUUGUGGUGGAGUCGGCACAUCCCUCACCAUGCUCUCACUGUGGCAUCUUUAUCUUCUUCUCUCCUUGCCCUCACCUCACCUGACUCUUCAUGUCAUCGCAUUUCCUCAAGGGAUCGCCUCAGAAGCAGAGCGGCUUGACACCGACACAGCAGGUCUUGGUCUCGCACGGUCCCCACAGAGACCUCAUGGACAUGAUUCGACGCCAGGGGAUCUCGCGAUUGGAAAUGAGAAUGUAGACGUCCUGGGUCGACCUUUGAGUUGGUCGUCGUCGUCUGAGGAGUUUGAUAGACAAGGAGUGAUUGGUGAAUACACUGACGUACAGGACAGCACAGAGCCAUCUUAUUUGUACCCUGAUGAGAAGGAACGUGUCAGAUCUACACCAACAGAGAGCGCUACAGAAGAAGCCGCCUUGAGGGAAAGAACAAAACCAAUAAGAUCAUCAUUAAAGUUUCUGCCAGCUGAGACCAGUACUGAAUCUGGAAUACGUUCUUUUGCAUCUUCACAGAAAGAAGAGUCAAUCAGACAGUUACAUUUCCUCCUGUUUGGCUCUAUUCCAUCAGACUAUGACUUCACUUCAGCUCCAGCUGUUGGACCUGGGCCCAGUCCUGAACCCUCUACUCCACAAGUAGCCACUGGUAUACAGGGAUGGAUCACACAUCCUUCUGAUGUCACAGCUGGACAGACAAAAGAGGGAACUGUAUCAUUAAAAGAGGUCGGAGCCGGGUUGAUUAAUGUCACAGAACAAACUUUACAAAAAGGAGCUGUCAGAACAGAGGCAACUGAAGAUGAGCAAAAGGACGAUGUCUCGACGACCGUUGGAACACUGUUGCUCGAUGGCAACAUGGACACAACUGCUACACCCUGCAAAACAUCCAGUCAGGCCCUGACUCCAACCUACCCUGAAGAUGUUAUUCCCAACGAGUUUCUGCGCCACUCUCUUGCUCUCACCUCUACCCUUUUCGUCCCUCUGUACUCGGACUGGAACUCUGCCCUCGCCACAUGGGGGUUUGCGUGGGAAGCACACAUUUAUGGCCUCGGGGCUGUGUUCACAGUAUUCGGACUGAUCUCUGUGGUCUGCCUGCUAGGCCUGCCCUUGCGGUGUCCCCCAGGUGGUCCCUACUUCACCUUGCUCCACUUGUUCCUCUUGUCUUGCGGGAUCCAAGCUUUCUGUUUGCUCUACGAUGCUUACAAUCACCAAGAUCGUCUUCCUCCUUUGGUCUCUCUUCUGCUGUCUGAGCUGCUCUUCCCCUGUUUGAUAUCAGCCUUCACCCUGGCAUUCUUCCUCCUUUCCUUUUGCUCACGCAAGCACCUCUCACUCCCACUGGCUUUUUCCACCUCGUUCUCCAUUGUACCCAAACCUUGCCUGUUAUUGUGUAUUACCCUGUUGCACAUUGGGGUUUCUCUUGGCUGUGUUGGCAUGCUCCACCUCCUCCGCAGCCUACCAAAUGAGAUCCUUCUUUUCCCUCAGGGCGUGUUUGUAUGUCUCUCCCUCUUUCUCUCAUGCUACUACCUCAUCUUUUUUUGCUUGAUACAAGUGGAUACUAAACACAUCUACAGGCUGAAUGAUAAUGGAGAGAGUGGAGGAUCUCCUGAGGUGGUACAGCCUGCAAGCUGCCCCUUUGCCAAAGAGGAAGACUGGGGUAGGGCAGCAGGAGCUGGACUAGGGGCUUCUUUGUGUUUGUUGGGGUGUGGAGGCCUCCAACUUUACGGGAUCUUGCACGGCCUUGGUUUCGGAGGGGUGGAUGGGUAUGGAUUUAAGCCUUGGCCGUGGUGGGGCUUCCAGGUGGGCUGCAGAAUCUGUGAGAUCGGGGUGUGUCUGAGCUUGUCUCUCAUUGGUACACACCCUCUGUUCUGUCAAAAUAACUCCUCUCUCAAGAGCAUAACCAAUCCUCGGCCAGGAUCUUGGUCACGCCUCUCCUGCAGCUCCCCUUCACGAAGAUUCACCCUGCCCUCAGAGGGAGGUGCAAAUUCCCCCGUCCUUUCCUCUGAUGAGUGCUGGUCCCAGGGUAAACAGGAGAAAGUGGUGGUCUGUGAUGUCAUCACCAAAGGACACACAGAGGCUUUUCCCCUUUUCUCAAUGGUGGAUUCACCUGGGAAUGGAUUGGACUGUGUCCCCAAGGCCAGCCAAAUCCAUAACACUGCAUUACCUCUACCUACACCCCCAAGCCCACUGCACAAACCUACACCUGCAGCUGAGUCUCAGAUAUCCUCAAUGGAUAGCCUCAGACUGGAGACUGACUCCACUGUGGAUUUGCGGCCACCAUCUCCCAUAAACUUGUCCCGGAGCAUUGACCAGGCUUUGUUCAGUGAGUCCCUGUUCUCCCACAGUAUCUUUGGUAUGCCAAGACUAUUCCAAGCUUCAUCAAGCCUCUCCUUGAGCUCUCCUAGCCAAGCCAUUUCAAAGCAAGGGCCUAGCUCUGCGGACAAUGCCCUGUAUCGCACAUCUUCCUGUGGAGAUGUUGAUCAAGAGAACCUGUCCCUUCCGAGACCGUCCCAACCACACGGCUCUCACAGCAAGUCGCCAACGUCACCGGAGCAAUGGGAGAGCAUCUCAGGCUCAACUCAGGGUCUGUGCAACAAACCAAAAGAGACAGGGAAGUUGCGUUCACACUCCUGGGCCAACAGAGGUCAAAACUUUGCUCAGAGCAGCCUCCCCAGAGCAAUCCCUCACCUUUCUUACCACAGGCGCUACCGAACCCUGAGCCUCGCCUCCCAGGAUAGUCAAGGGUCUGGACGGCUAGCUGGGACUAAAAAGAUGAGUGAGAGCAAACAGCUGGAAUGGGAUCUGGCUGUACAGGCAGAGUUUGUCAAUGUGUGCAAACAGAUCGAUGCCCUGAGUGUGUGCAGUGACACAAUUGAAUUGUAAAAGUUAUACACAUGUUCAGUUGUGAUUGGGAUGUGCAUCAUGCAGAAAUAAAUGUAGCUGACUCUAAUAGGUGAGUUAGAGAAACAAAAUUGUACAUGAAGUUUUACAGUUUAAAAUAACGACAGGGGGAAUGAAAAUGAUUUACACAAUAGAACAACUUAUUUUCUACGAGGAUUAUACUGUUGUUAUUGUAUAUACAGUAUUCUAAACUUGAUCUGAAGUCUGACUUCAUCCCGCUUCUUUCAGAAACAUCACCUAGCUCGUGUAAUAAUACUAAAGCAUUCAAAUGGUGUUAAGAACUUAAAUUAAGAGAUUUGAUAAUUGCAUAACAGACUUGUUAAGCUUUUUUGUAUUUGAAAUUAUUGUAUUUAAAGAAAGGGUUUACUUGUUCACUGUUGUACUGUUUUAAUUUAAAAUCUUAGUAUGGUAGGGGCGCCGGUAGCCUAGUGGUUAGAGUGCACAUAAGGCUAUAAUCCUCCAAGUGGGCGGCAUGGGUUUGAAUCCAACCUGUGCCUCCUGUCCUGCAUGUCAUUCUCCACUGUCUCGCUCCAAUUUCUGACUUUAUUUCCUAUCUCUCUCGAGUAAAGGCAUAAAAAGACCAAAAAAUAAACAUUUUAAAAAUGUUGGUAAAGUUCCAAGAGCUCAAAAAUUUGACCGGUUGCAAAUGUAUGGAGUAAUGUUAAAACCUAAUUCAACAGAGUCGUCAAAUGUAUAAUGCAUCAUGUGAACAGACAUUGUUAUUGGUAGAGAUUGUUAUUGUCAGUGUGGUGUGAACAAUGUGAAAAUCAUGUUACAGAAUAUUUGACAUACCUUUUUACCACUUGGCUGCAAAAAUGUGUCGUUUCUGAGGUUAGACAUUUAGUGGAAAAGUAUAUUUGAAAUGAUGAACAAUGGAAGUAUUGUUAAAUGUUGAGUAUACUGCCCUCUAGUGGUAUUUAGAGAACAAUGUCAAGAUGAGUAAUGAACAA